UGUAGCUACCAUUAGCCACCAUGUCUUUAGUGUCGCUUACCAUACUGGUAGUGCUCGUUACAAUAAGUGCUCAUGUGCACGAUUCGUGGCCAGAUCGGGAAUGCCCGGGGGUGCCGGAGAAGUUUGCGCACAUUCAAGAGCAAUAUGAGAAGACCAUCGCAAAUGUUGAUGGCAACAGCAAUGCGCUAUGUCCCUGGGAAACUGCCUACAACACACGAUUCGACCGCGUUCCCUGCAGGAUACAAUAUGCAGAAUGCAAAACUCUGCACGCAUGCAAUUUUAGAAGCAGGAAUCCAAAUGAUUCACAAAUCAUCAAUCGCUUACGGGCUGACUAAGUGUAUAGAACUAUACAGAAACUUCCAGGUGGUAUAUCGCGAGGACGAUGACGUUGAGACAGAGGAGUUCGCAGUAGCCUGUAUCUGCGAAAAACGAUGAUCACGCAGAUACAGUGUAAUUAUACCACGUAAUAAAUUACGUCAUAAAUGCACGUCGGAAGGCAAUAUUUUGCUUCUAUUGAAGACUUAAAACACUGAUAACUUUUUAUUUUCUUUACCAUUUUAAAUGAAACUUAGCGCAGUCUACGCCGCUUACGGAGCCCCACCUUCGGUCUUUCACCAAAAUUUGAUUGAGGGUUUAGUUUCUUAAAACACUUCGACAAACCUUUUCACAAUACGGCCGUCUGACUGAGCACUGUCAAAACAUUAUUUUGGAAACAGUUUUGUCGAAGUGUAUCAUGAAACUAAUGACCUCAUCAAAUUUUGGUAGUAAAACAAAUGCGGGGCUCUUUCAGCGACAUAGACUGCCCUUUGUUUCGUUUAAAA